CUGCUGCUGCUGUGCAGGCUGUAGCUGUGCUAUAUGCUGCUGCGCCCUGCCGUUAGCCGCGCUGUAUGUAGCCGUAUCGCUGUGACUGCUUCGGGCAGGACGAAGAAAAGAGAAAGAGGAAGGGGAAGAGUCCUCUCCUUCUCGUGCGCGUUCUUUCUCUCUCUCUUUCUCACUCUCGUCAGUCUCUCGUCGUCGGCCGCGAGGAAGGUGUGGGUGCGUCCUCACUGAUUGUCGUACAAAGUAUCUGGUGCGUGUGUCCCGUGAUCGUAUCCAUCCUCCUGAGAAACAGAAAAACAUGGCAAGUGAGGUUGACGCGACGGCGAAUGCCCAGAUAACCAAUGCCGAGAUCGUCCGUGGCCAAAUCUUCGAGGUCGGCCCGCGAUACACCAAUCUCGCCUACAUGGGUGAGGGCGCCUAUGGCAUGGUCGUAUCUGCAUAUGACAAUGUAACACAUACAAAAGUAGCUAUUAAGAAAAUUUCAGCAUUCGAGCAUCAAACUUACAGCCAAAGGACAUUAAGAGAAAUAAAAAUCCUCACAAGGUUUAAGCAUGAAAAUAUUAUAGAUAUAAGAGAUAUUUUAAGAGCCCCCAGCAUAGAGCAAAUGAAAGAUGUAUAUAUUGUUCAAUGUUUAAUGGAAACUGAUCUUUACAAAUUACUCAAAACUCAGGCUAUUAGUAAUGACCAUAUAUGUUAUUUUCUCUAUCAAAUUCUUCGAGGACUGAAGUAUAUCCACUCUGCAAAUGUUUUACACAGAGACCUGAAACCUAGUAAUUUGCUUUUGAAUACCACAUGUGACCUUAAAAUUUGUGAUUUUGGUCUGGCCAGAGUUGCUGAUCCUGACCAUAAUCAUGCUGGUUUUCUCACAGAGUAUGUUGCAACAAGGUGGUACAGAGCACCAGAAAUUAUGUUGAACUCUAAGGGAUAUACAAAAUCAAUAGACAUUUGGUCUGUUGGCUGCAUUUUAGCUGAAAUGUUGUCUAGAAGAGCCAUAUUUCCUGGUAAACAUUAUUUAGAUCAACUCAAUCAUAUUCUUGGUAUCCUUGGAUCACCUUCACCCGAGGAUCUUGACUGCAUAAUCAAUGAAAAGGCACGCAGUUACUUGCAGUCCUUACCUUACAAACCAAAGGUUCCAUGGACAUGUUUAUUUCCAAAUGCCGAUCCUAAAGCGCUCGAUUUACUAGAUAAAAUGCUUACUUUUAAUCCUAACAAGCGCAUUGUGGUUGAAGAUGCUUUAGCACACCCAUACUUGGAACAGUAUUAUGACCCAGCUGAUGAGCCAGUUGCAGAAGAGCCAUUCAAAUUUGACAUGGAGCUAGAUAAUCUCCCAAAAGAAACAUUAAAACAGUACAUAUUUGAGGAAACACUACUUUUCCAGAAAAAUCGACAAGAGAAUGCCAUAUAAUAGGAAAUAAUCUUAAAGCAGUAUCAUCAAAAAUUAAAAAAAAAUUUUUUUUUAUCCGUCAUCGACGUUAUUAAAAUUUUUGGACGACUGAAAGAGGUACAAAAUUUUCUUGUGAAAGAGAUGGUGGUACACCUGUUGAGUAAGAUUACUAUGGCAUAGAAAAGUACAGUUUUUUUGGAAUAGUCCAAAAAGUGUAACCAAUCUUUCCCCAUGUAGAAACUUGUUAUUGUAAUCUAACAGUAAUUUUUGCUUAUGAUAGCUAUCAAUUUAUGUAUAAUAUUGUUUGAUCUAUAUUACUUUUAUUUUUACAAAAUGUGUAUUCAUGUAUAUAUAUUAAGUGAGAUUUACUUUCACUAUAAUGUCGUUAUUGGCAAAAAAAUCUUUUUCAAGUCAAAUGCCAUGGCGAUUAUAUAAAAAAAAAACAGAAAAUUACUUGCAUGAGACGUAAGUUAAACAGGAGGUUGUGCUACGAAUUUUUGAUUCUAACAUGAAUAACAUUUUGCAGUUUCUGGAUGUACAUAAAACUAUUAUGAUCUCAACAAAACUAAGUUGACUUAAGAAUCAUACACUUUUAAUGCUGUCUUUCAAAAAUGAAUGCAACAUUCGAACUCAUUGUUGCUCUACAUCAUGAGAAUCAUUUUAAAAAAGUGAUGAAAAUCAUGCCAAAGUACGAAAUAGGAUGUCAAUUUCUACUUAAUAGUUUAUUGUUUAAAAAACCUGAAGUAAAUAUGUUUAUUUUUCAUCGAAUACUGCUAAGUAUAAAAUACAUCGUUCUAUAAAUAGAAAGUGUAAAACAAUUCUAAAUCUAUAUUUUUGUCACAUAAAAGAGCAUAAAAAAGAUAUUCAAAGUAUUCUUUAGCAUUGUCUUUAGUAUUCUUUAGCAUGCAUUUAGCAAUAUCUUAUAGUAAUACGUUAGUUUCAUUGCACAAUUGAAAAACGUAUAAUAUUACAAUCAAUUGAGUAAACUCAAAGUCAAUUAGUUGAUAUUUUCCGCUUAAUUCGAUGAAAAAUUGAUUUUUCAAAUUCUACAACGUAAAUUAUUUAUUUUUUGAUUACAAAGAGUAUCAGCGUGAAUAAGAGCGUAAACAGUAAUUCAAAAUAUUAACAGAAUAUCAAAAUAUCUAAGCCAAUGGUUUAUUACUACACUGAUACUGCCAUCGUUGUGCAUAUAAUGCACGUGUCAGUUAUCGUUAACUUUGUGUUAGAAAUAAUUAAGAUUUGUUCAACACUUUAGACAUCAGCAUUGAAAGUUACAUGUAUAUAUGUGUACGCAGGAUGAAGCAUGAAUAAUUUAAUUUACAUUCAAUUGAUGUAUUGAUACAUAAUUUCUGUAAAAAUUGCGAAAUCAUUAAUGCGAUAAUUUGUAUAAAGUAUUGUUUAACGAUGUUAGAAAACAGUUUUAUAAAAUUAUAUCAUGUGUCAGUUGUCUAAAUAUUAGGCUUACAAUUAAAUUUUAAAAAAUAAAUCGAAGAAGAUUGGUUCAAUGAAAAUGUUUAGUUGGCUUAAUCACGACUGAAAAACAUUUUAACAAGUAAUGGCCGAACAUUGGGAAAAUUUUCAGUGGCCUUGCAUUCAUCUGCAAAUUCGUUAUAGUCAUCGUUAAUGGCAGUGAUGUUUGCAUUUUAACUUUCAUAUUAAUGUUAACAUUUUUCAUCUAAAAUUUGAAAAUUUUUUAAAUAAUAUUGAAAAACAUCUUUUUCGUCUAUUUAUAUUCAGGUCUUGUAAAGUUACUUAAAAAUUAUAAAUGGUGCAAAUAUAAUUAUAUUAACAAAUCAUAAAUUGAUGCUUCAAGUGAGCACGUCGAUGAUCAUUUGCUGAAUUACAUUAUUGUCGUAACUAUCAAUGGUGGCCAUAUUGCAUAAUUAUAAAAUGUCUUUGAGCAUUUUAAUAAAUAAUUAAAUUUCCUACAAUAAAAUUGUUAACUAAUGAUAUUUUGAUUUUUUUAAAUUGCUUAUUCUAUUCACGGCAAUAAUCAACAUUUUAACAACGAACUUGAUGUAUUUUUGAUGAGUGAGUAAUAAGUUGAGUCAUUCAUAACAUAUUUUUAACUGCGAUGGAAUAUGCCACCUUGAUAAAAUAAAAAAUUUUCAAUUUCAAGAUAGCAUUAAAUUUGUGAUCGCUGUCUCGUUGAAUCAUUGUCUUUGUCACUACUUUUUGACUUUUUACGUGAAAUUAAAAUUUUUAUCUGAAUGUAUAUCUUUGAAAAUUGUAUGGGUCAUUUUACAAUGAAUCAAUCAUUUAGGCAAUGAGACGUCCUAAAAUUCAAGUGCUUCAAUUUACCUCUAAGAACUUCCAUCACGUACAAAAGUAUUGAAAAUUGUAAUUAAUUGUAUGAAUUGGCCCUCUUCAACAUUGUGGAUUGUAAAAUUGACCACUGGUCAAAGUAAGAAAAAAUUAAAUAAAAAAGUCGAGCAUUUCGAUUCAUAACUUAAAAAUUAAAACAGCGUUUUGAUGUAAUAAAAAAUAAUAAAUGAUCGUGUAAGGUUUUUGACAUAAAAAUUUAAAGUGAAAACAAAAUCAAAUAUAUUUCUUACUGCAAUCGUUCCUACGUACUAGCCAAACUUCAAGAGUCGAUUGCAUUAUAAUUCAUUAAGUGAUUUAUAUGGUUACUGAAAUCAGGAUUCGCUAUAUACAUUAUUAUAGUAACAUAAUCAGGCCUAAUAUACUUAAUGUUACCUGUGUAUAUCUGUUGUUGCUGAAUCUUAAAUCAUAAAUAUCUAAUAUUUCUAAUAUUUAGUCUGUCAAUUUUCAGUAUUGUGUACAAUUCGUAAAAAGAAUAUGUGCAUCUUGUUGCAUUGGAUAUGUUUAAUAAAAGUUGAUCGAUUUAUUCAAUCUUCAAAAUUAAAUGGAAAACAUAUUUUUUGACAGACAAGACUGAUUUAAAUUUUAUUGCGCUACACUUGUUCAGAAAUAAAAUUUUGAGCACGAUUAUUAAAAACAAGCGUGUGGUCGACAACAGAAAAUCGCUAGACAUCUGAUCAAUGUAAUUAGAAGAAUAUGCGUUUGCAUGACAAUUAAAUUUUCAAAAAAAAAAACUUGUUUGUAAAGUGCUUUGUUGCCAUAAAUCUAUGGAUGUAUUUACGAGUAGCUUUUUCAUUGUAUUGAAGUUACGUCAUUUAUUUAUUCAAAGGAACUAGUGAAAUUCGACGUUAAUUAGCCAUAACGCAAAAAAUCACACAAUAUUUACAAAAUAAAUUAAUAAAUUUCGGAAUGAUUCGACUUAAAAAAUUAUUAAUGUAUCAGGCAAGUACACGAGUUUUAUUAAGACUAAACCAACGUGCUGCCUUAUGAAUAAAAUUAUGCGUAGUUAUUUCGCGAAAAGUGGUAAUACUCAAGUUCAGAUUAUGACGGGUCAAAGGUGUUGAUCAAUUUAAUUUUUUGUGCAACUUCGUGCAUGUUAAGUAGCUUCAGGAAAUGACAACAUUAUAUGGGCUCAUGUCCACUUUUUUGAAAUAUCUGUCGAUUAGAAAUUGGGUUUCUUCUAUAUAUAUAUAUCGUCUAAUGCAUACAUUGUUGAUUCUCUUGCAAAAUAAUGAAGUUUUAAAUGUACGUAACAUAAAAUGUUGUAUGACGAUUAUGCCAAUUAACAUCUCUAUUGAUGUUCAUGAUUAUAAAUACCAAUAUUUAUUAGGUUUCCCUUUUAUAAAAUAGUUUUUUCUUUUAUAAAAAAUAUAAAUUGUUGAUAAUUGUAAUAGUACCUAGUAAUCCAAGUAAAAAUUAAAAUAUCU